GAACGCCCCACGGCCAUUGUAGGCGUAGCGGGAGAGAAGCGAACACAUCAAAGCCCUCAAGACUGUCUUCGCUGUCCGUCUACCUCCUCCUGGUGUCACCGCGGUCUCUCGCUAACGGGCCGGUACCGAGUGAUUCACCCGCGGAACAGGAAACACCCGUUUCCCACCAAAGAAGAUCUAUUUUCCUUCUGGCGCCAAUUAUCGUCAAGACAGCGGACACUUUUCAUUCGCCGCAUCCGUCUCUUUAAACGAAGGAUAGGCGCUAAAGACCCCGAGAAGCGUUCUUCCGACCAAGGACGCCAACAUGUCCUCGAAGGUGGCGUCCGUUUGUCGGCUUUUUUUUGGCCACACUUCCUCUUCUGACUCUGCGCUUUUAGUGUAGACAAAGCGGCUAGCUUACUUGCUAGCUAGCGCGCUAGCAAGCGGUGGCCGCUUUUCUGCCUUUUUAAUUGUCCUCAGUGUUAGUUGGCCUUCUCAGCAGAGGACAUUUGCUUCUUAACCUGCGGGAUCAUCUCCUUAGCAGUCGUCUGUCCACCGGAAUGGUGCCAUCGAAACGGCGGAACCAGAGAGAGAACCCCCAUUAGAGGGGGUCAGUCUGGGGAGUUAUUUUCUCUUUUUCUGGAUGAUGCUGAGUUGUGGAGCCUCGGGAGCUGAAUGUAGCUCAUUAUUGGACUCGUUUGACUCUUUGUCGGUGUCCUGAUCCCUGCUGCCGUCACCAUGGACAUUGUAUGAGCGUCCUUUUGGUCCAACGAGGAGUGUUAUUAUUGACAACACGCACAUACACUCUGCUCAUUUCCUUUCUCCCCACCGGAAGUCCACUCAGGGAGCAGCAUGUCUUUACGCAAAGCUCUGCCAGGAAACGAGAGGAACCCUGAUCAUCACACCUCCCUUUCCACCAGCCGCUCAGACAAAGGAACGGGCUGGUCGAGCCGCUCGCUGGGCGCACGAUGUCGAAACUCCAUCGCACUGUGUUCGGACGAGCAGCCGCACAUUGGGAACUACCGGCUGCUCAAGACCAUCGGCAAAGGCAACUUUGCCAAGGUCAAACUGGCGCGGCACAUCCUGACGGGCAGAGAGGUUGCAAUAAAGAUCAUCGAUAAAACACAGCUCAACCCGACCAGCCUGCAGAAGCUGUUUCGUGAGGUACGCAUCAUGAAAACUCUCAACCACCCAAACAUAGUCCAGCUGUUUGAGGUCAUAGAAACGGAGAAGACACUCUACCUCAUCAUGGAAUACGCCAGCGGGGGGGAGGUGUUUGACUACCUCGUGUCUCAUGGCAGGAUGAAGGAGAAAGAAGCUCGGGCCAAGUUCAGACAAAUUGUGUCAGCGGUGCACUACUGCCACCAGAAGCACAUUGUUCACAGAGACUUGAAGGCAGAGAAUUUGCUACUUGAUGCCAACUCCAACAUCAAAAUCGCCGACUUCGGCUUCAGCAACGAGUUCACAGCCGGCAGCAAGCUGGACACCUUCUGUGGCUCUCCGCCUUACGCCGCCCCAGAACUCUUUCAAGGGAAGAAGUACGACGGUCCUGAGGUCGACAUCUGGAGCUUGGGCGUCAUCCUCUACACGCUGGUCAGCGGCUCCCUGCCCUUUGACGGACAAAACUUGAAGGAGCUGCGAGAGCGAGUUCUGAGAGGGAAAUACCGCGUGCCCUUUUACAUGUCGACAGACUGUGAGGGAAUCCUGCGUCGCUUCCUGGUCCUCAACCCAACCAAGCGCUGCUCGCUGCAGCAAAUCAUGAAGGACAAGUGGUUGAACGUGACCUACGAUGGAGAGGAGCUGAAGCCUCACACAGAGCCCGAGGAAGACUUCAAUGAUACCACUCGCAUCGAUGUGAUGGUGGGGAUGGGCUUCACCAGAGAUGAGAUCAGAGAUUCUCUGGUCAGUCACAAGUACAAUGAAGUGACGGCGACGUAUCUGCUACUGGCGCGCAAGACGGAGGUGAAGGCUGAAAACACUGUGACCCGGUCCGUCAGCAAUCUCAGUCUAGCUCGAGUCCGGCCCGGUGCCCUCGCCAACGGGACCAGCAAACACUCCACUUCCUCCUCCGGCGCAACGUCCUCCUCAGCGGCCCACAAGCCACAGCGCAGCGUCUCGACCUACCAGCGCCAGAGACGACACUCUGACUUCUGUGGUCCGGCUGCUCCGGUGUCCACACACCCCAAGCGCAGUCCCAGCGGCGUGGGAGAAGGGGCGGCGCUCAGAGAGGAGAGGUUGUCGGUCCGCAAGCCCAGCAACAAUACAGUUAGCGCUCGGAGCAUCCCGGCCCCCUCCAGUCCCAUGGUCAGCUCCGCUCACAAUCCAAAUAAAGCGGAGAUACCAGACCGACGCAAGGAGGCCAACUCCACCACGAAUAACGUCUCUGCUAGUGCCAUGACUCGAAGGAAUACAUAUGUGUGCACGGACCGCUCCGGCACUGACAGGCACUCGCUGCUGCAAAAUGGCAAAGAAAACAGUGCCCUCUCCCACCGCCUGCCCCCGGCCUCCCCCUCCACCCACAGCAUCGCCGGCGCGUCAGGCGUGUCCUCUACGCCCUCCUCACGUCUCUCCAGGGGCUCCACGGCGAGGAGCACUUUCCACGGCGGGCAGAUCAGGGACCGCCGGCCGACCUCGCACGCCGCACCGGCGUCCCCCACACCGUCUCAUGACGCCAGCCCCCUGCCCCACGCCAGGACACCCCGCACCACAAGCAACCUGCUGAGCAAGAUCACCUCCAAGCUGACACGCAGGGUCACUCUUGACCCUUCUAAACGUCAGAGCUCAAACAAAUCCAUGUCGGGCUGCACCCUCCCACAGGGGACAAAAACAGUUAGGUCACAGACGAACCUGAGAGAAUCAGCAGAUCUCCGGUCACAAGAGUCUCAGGGUAACAGCAGCAGUCGCCAUCUAUCUGGGCAUCAAAAAGCGGCAGAGCCCCGGACCCCCCGAUGCGGCUGGGAUGUGAGGGUGCGGAGCCCCCGCGACCCGGCCGAGGUGGUGCUCGCGCUGCGCGAGGCGGCCCAGGGCUGCGGCUGCCAGGUCCACCUGGCCGGGCCCUUCCUGCUGUCGUGCACCCACGGCGCGGCCGGCACUCGCGUGGCCUUCGAGGCCGAGGUGUGCCAGCUGCCCGGCGGGCUGGGCCAGAGCAGCGGCGUCAGGUUCAAGCGCCUGUGGGGGGCGCCGUUAGCAUUCAGAGACAUCGCCACCAAAGUAUCGAAGGAGCUGGAGCUCUGAGAGCGACCGGAGGCGGGGCAGAGUGGCGACGAGAGGUGAGGAAGAAGAAAAACGAGGUGCAAGCUCCUCCCCCAUCCCUCCUUUUAGCUCCGCCUUUUCUGCUGUGACUGGCGACGCCUCGCCUCUGCCAAAGACCUUGUUUCCAAUCACAUGGCUGCAGUGACAUGCUGAAACAAACACCGCGUUAAAGAGCCCAUCAAGUCAAUUUAGUUUUUAUUAGAUUUGUCAUCAUUCCUUUUUAAAGAGCUGCUAUUUAUAGUCAGGUUUUCAUGAAGUUUCUAAGUUGAUUCUCUUUGACAGACAAUGUUCUCUUGUAGCAGAAGUCACAUGUUGUAGUGAUGCACUCUGGCCACUAGAGGGAGACAUGCAGCGUAUGCAGAGACUUUAUGAGCGCAGUUUGAUGUUACUGCUUUUAUCAAAAUGAUUUCCUGCUAGAAGUGUUUUUGCUCAUUACAGUUGGUUCAUGCUCACACACCUUUAGACGAGCAACGUCCGCAUUCUUACAGUGUCGGAAGACAUUCUGCCCCCUGCUGGUUAGACCUGUUACAGCUUGCACACGUCACCAACAAAUUAAAUUCUUCUAUGAAUGUCCAAAGUGUGGCCUGGGGGAAAUGUUCAGCCCACGUUAAGUUUAUUGUUCCUCUGUAUAAUGUAAAAAAGAUAUAUAUAUAUAUAUAUAUAUAUAUAUAUAAUGUACAUACAUAUAUGUAUGUUUGUG